GGUCGCACGGAUCGAUCAAUAGGAUUUUCAGCCUAAUCAUUCAACGGUCCUAAAGAGAUGAAAUGGGAAUAUCUCUGCCAGCGUCGCAGUUGAAAUUUGUUUGAAUUUUUUGGGUGGAAAUUUGUAUGAAUUGAGCCCCGCCAGGAGGUAGAAGCACCACCACCUCCGUCUCUGCGGCCGCCGUCUCCGUCUCAGCCAUCACCCAACCUGGCAACGUGGCACUUCAAACCCAUCGCCUCCGCCACGACGCUACCACACUACUGCUACGAUGUGCCACCGAACUCACGAUGCGGCAGCUCCUGCAAGUCCACUGUCGCCUCAUCACCGACCCCCCUCCCCCUACCGUCGACCCAAACCUCGUCGCCGUCAAGCUCAUCUCUGCCUCCGCCGCCCGCGCCAAACCCCGCUACGCCGCCCUCGUCUUCUCGCUCAUUCCCGACCCAAACCUAUUCGUCUGGAACUCCCUCCUCCGCACCCUCGCCCUCCACCACCUCUGGCCCCUCGCUCUGCGCUACUUUAACCUCCUCCUUGCCUCCCGCCACCCCCUCCCCGACGAGUUCACCUUCACCUCCGUCCUCAAGGCCUGUGCGGGCCUCACCGCCGUCCCCGACGGUGAGAUGUCUCACGCCUUCGUCCUCAAGCGAGGUCUCGAUGCCAACCUCUUCGUCCACAACUCCCUCGUCGACAUGUACUUCAAGUUCGGCUGCCCCGCUGUCGCUCGCCGCCUGUUUGACGAAAUGCCUGGGCGGGACGUCGUCUCAUGGAACACUCUGAUCUCUGGCUACUCCUCCUGCGGUGAUAUCACCGCCGCGAGAGAGGUGUUCGAUCGGAUGCCCGAGAGGAGCAUGGUCUCCUGGUCCGCCAUGAUAGCUGGUCAUGCCCGGUCUGGCGAUGUGGCCACCGCCCGUGAACUCUUCGAUCACAUGUCAGAAAGGAAUGUGGUCUGUUGGAAUGCCAUGAUUGCCGGGUGCACGCAGAAUGAGAAGUUCUUGGAGUCCAUUGAGCUUUUCCGCAAGAUGCUGCGGUCAGGUUGUGCACCGCCCAACGAUGUCACCCUCGUGAGCGUCCUCUCCGCCUGCGCCCACCUGGGUGCCCUCGAUUUGGGGAGGUGGAUUGAUGGGUUCAUCAAGCGGAGGUCGAUGGAGCUAGGCCUCUUCUUGGGGAAUGCUCUUUCCGACAUGUACGCGAAGUGCGGGUGCAUUGGUGAGGCUAGAAGAGUGUUCGAAAAAAUGAAAGAGAGGGAUGUGAUCUCAUGGAGUAUAAUAAUUUGUGGGUCAGCCAUGCAUGGCCACGUAGAGGAGGCAAUCUCUGGAUUUCAUGGAAUGCUACAAUGUGGGAUAAAGCCGAAUGACAUCACUUUCAUGGGCAUUUUAUCAGCCUGCACUCAUGCUGGUAUGGUGGAUGAGGGGUUGAAAUAUUUCAAUCGGAUGAGUGAUGAGUUUGGGAUUGAUCCAAAGGUUGAGCACUAUGGUUGUGUGGUAGAUCUUCUCAGCCGUGCCGGACGACUUGAUGAAGCCGAGAACUUGAUCAAUUCAAUGCGGGUGCCACCAAAUGUUAUAGUAUGGGGUGCAUUGCUGGGUGGUUGUCGGAUCUAUGGUGAUAUAUGGAGAGGGGAGAGAGUAGUUCAGCAUAUACUUGAGUUAGAUCCUGGACACUCUGGUAGCUAUGUUUAUCUAGCAUAUGUCUAUUCUUCAAUCGGUAGGUUGGAGGAUGCAGCAAAAUGUCGGCUAAGGAUGAGAGAGAAACGGGUGGUGAAGAUGCCUGGUUGCAGUUGGAUUGAGGUGGAUAACAGAGUGUAUGAAUUCUUUAUGGGAGAUCGGUCUCAUCCCCAGUCUGAAAAAAUUUAUUCCAUGAUCAAUGCAUUGAAUUUGAGGAUGAAGCUGGCCGGGUAUAUCCCAGAUACAACUGUUGUGUCUCAGAGUAUUGAUGAGGAAGAAAAGGAGGAUGCACUCUCAAUGCAUAGUGAGAAGUUGGCUGUGGCAUUCGGACUCAUCAGCACGAAGGCGGGAGCCACAAUUCGAGUUGUGAAGAAUUUGCGAGUUUGUAAUGAUUGUCAUGAAGCCAUGAAGUUUGUCUCAAAAAUUGUUGAGCGGGAGAUUGUCUUGCGUGAUCGCAGCCGUUUCCAUCAUUUCAGUGAGGGGAGGUGUUCCUGUAAAGACUAUUGGUGAUGAAAGAUCAUUGUAUUGGAUGCGAUGAGCAGGGUAGGAGGUUACCUUGCCCUGUGGCAUAUGCAAAACAUCAUCCUUGGAAACAUCAUUCUGGGCCACUUUCAGUGCUUUACGAGUAGGCUCGAUCGACUUUGGGGGGAAGGUUCUCCAUUCAAUCCAACAAGCAGUGUACUUAAGCCCAAGCAUCAACUUGGGCACAAAAUGUUGCAGCGGUCCAGCCUUUCACCCUGCUCUCUUUCGUAGGGCUGAGAUGUAUGAAUGAGGAAUUUAUUCCCUACUCGAGGAGUUCAGGAAUUUCUUUCGAAUGGCACCUUUAAAAUCUGAACUCAGGAAGGAAACUUCUGUAAGUCGGGAUCCCAAGAAUGAUCCCCAACGGAGGCGGCGUAGCAACGGGGAGAGAAUUGCCUAAGCAAUGGAGCAGCGAUAGCACAUAAAGCAACGGGAAUGGGUAACAGAGCAUACUUACCUAUUUGAUUGAUUUUAUAAGAAUCUAUGACAGUGCAGGCAAUUUGGUGGUUGGACUCUAAGAAAUUAUGAUCAUAUCAUAAUCAUUACUGACUACCCUCCAACCUUCUGCCAACUAUCCUUUUUUUGAUGAGUACCUUCUGCUAACUAUUAAGAGUCGGGUUUAUGGUAUGUAUAUCAUUUGCCAGAUGCUGUAGUUUAGAGCUACCUUUGAUGUUGCUUUUUGAAGCUGGACAAUCAUGUGAUAAAUUUGAAACUAUAUUUGGAUCAUCAUCAAACCAUCAAUGAAGGGUGAAGUUGUGCAGGCUUUGAGG